GACAUAUUGAGCAACUUAGAUUGAGAUCAUCAGAGACUUCAUUUGAACAACUGGAUAACAACAUUUUGGCUCAUAAGAGUGAACCAGAUGAAAAGAUUACUGAUUUCGACAGGUUUCAAGAGAAUCCAAUUGUACCUUCUGAUCUACCAUGUUCUAAGCCUGUAGAGUCUAAAUAUGAUGGGCAAACCCCAGUCAAGGAAAAACACAGUUCAGAUAGUUCAAUUCAAAAAGAUCAGAGUGAACAAUUGAAAACCCAUAUUGAUUUGAGUCCAAAACGUACUACAGGGCGUCACAAAAAAGUAUACCCAACUUCAAAGCCAGG